UAUUCUAAUAUGCUAAACGCUUGCCCUAGCCACGUGUUUAUGUACUAACUUUCCUCUUGGUAUCUCUCAUACUCUCUCAACUCUCAACUUUUUUUUUCGCUUAUCUUUUCAACAAUAUUGGGCAUUUUCUUAUAACAACAGUACAACACCUACACAAUUUAACACAGCCGGAGAGAUACUGAGAUCGAGGCAGACUUAAGUCAUGAAUGAUAACGGAAAGCAGCGGCAAGCUUCUGUUUGCGACGGUGCUACAGAUCAAGACAAGACCGUUAUAAGCAAGAUAAUGCAACGGUUCCGUCCGAUCGCGCCAAAACCAGCUGUCGGUGAAUCUUCCGACGAUGCAAAGAGUAGCAGAUUCCUUGGAAGAAACAGAAGAUCGAAACGAAAGUAUGUUAGGGUUCGGGAUAAAAAGACUAGUAGUGUUAGUAAUAAUAAGAAUAAGAUCAUUGGUAAAAAGAAUGGUUGCGAUAGAGGGAACAUUAAGACUACCGAUCUCGAUAAAGAGAUAGACGGUGAUGAUAGAAGCGACAUCGUCACGCUUGAGUUUCUCCCGGAGAAGGGUAGAGAUCUAGGAAACAAUGGAAAUCAAGCUGGUGAGUUUUGUUCGGAUCUGAGUGAUAUGAAUCCAAAGAAGAGCUUGUAUGGUUCGAUCAUAGGGCUAUCGUCAUCUUUAGAUCGGACGGUGAUGGAGUCGUGGUUGACGGUGGAGUGUGUGAGUGACACGUGUACUGACUUGGGAGAGUAUCACAUCCUGGAGCAGCUAGGCCGUAUGGAUCAGGGACAAGAGAGAGUGAUGAGGAUGUUAGAGGUUGACACGUGUCCAUGGUUAGUGUCGGAUGGGUCAAACCGGGUCUGUUGGGUAAACCAGGCGUACCGGAGGAUGAUUGGAGCUCCCGACGUGGAGGUUAUCAGGGUAUGGCUGGUGGUAGCCAUGGACCUUAUGGAGGAGAUAGCAUGCAUGGUGGAGUUAUACGGUGCGGUGACGUGCAGGGUUAGGGUUAGGUACGAGCCGUCCACGUGGAGGAAGAUGACGGUGCCGUGUGAUGUAUGGAGGAUUAGAUCAGGUGGGUUUGCUUGGAGAUUGGAUGUUGAAUCAGCUCUAAGGCUUGGCAUGUGAUUGAAACCGGAAAGACAAAAAGAAAUGGGAAUAAUAUUA